AUGAAACAGCCUGCCGGUAUACCACUCGAAGGGAUAAACAACAGCCAUAAGCUCCAUAUAUCCAGUUAUAAUCUUACUUCUCUUCAGAAUAAUCUAUUUGAUUCAACAGAAACAAAUGUUCGCUUGCGAUUGCUACGUAUGGGGGAGAAAAAAAAACACAUAGACUCACAAGAAGGCAAACUUCAAUAUCAAAACGAGUACCAGCAGCACAGCAUAUUCCAAGCUGAAUAUGCUACGAUAUUAUCAACAAUGCAGUCUGAAAGAAGUUUUCCAGGGAAUUACAGACUUCUGGAUCUGGCCCGAAUCACCUUGAAAUCUCCAUAA